UAAUAAUAAUAAUAAUAAUAAUAGUACCGGCUGUUUUUGUUUAUUUAUAUUUCAAUAAAGGGCAACAAAUUAAUAAUAAUGAAUAAACAAAUAAAGACUAUUUUAAUAGAUCUUAGUGGUACUUUGCAUAUUGAUAAUUUGGCAAUUUCUGGAGCACAAGAAGCUUUAUGCAGACUUCGGAGUACGGAUAAGAAAAUAAAAUUCGUUACAAAUACGACGAAGGAAUCGAAAAAUGUUUUGUAUAAUCGUUUAAAAAAUCUUGGAUUUGAUAUAAAAAAGGAAGAAAUAUUCAGUUCAUUAGCAGCUGCGAGACAAACAAUAAUUAAACGUUGCUUAAAUCCAUAUCUCUUGAUUGAUUCAGCGGCAAUGGAAGAUUUUGAAGAUUUGAUUAAAACGGAAAAACAUGAUUCCGUUGUUAUUGGUUUGGCACCUGAAAAAUUUAAUUACGACGAUUUAAAUAAUGCCUUCAGAUUAAUCUUGAAUGGAGCUUCUCUUAUAGCUAUUCACGAGGGUCGUUAUUAUAAAAGGCCUGACGGUUUGUCUUUAGGACCUGGUGCAUUUGUUAAAGGUUUAGAAUACGCAACAAAUACAAAAGCUGAAAUUGUAGGAAAACCAAGUGCAGAAUUUUUUAAAGCAGCACUAGAAGAUAUUUCACCGGAAGAAGCUAUUAUGAUUGGCGACGAUGUAAAAGAUGAUAUUGCCGGAGCGAUGGCAGUGGGAAUGAGGGGAAUUUUAGUGCAAACAGGUAAAUAUCGUCCUGGCGAUGAGGAUACAAUAACACCUUCGCCAACGAAAGUUUGCAAGUCCUUCGUCGAAGCGGUUGAUGAAAUUCUCAACAGUUUAAAAUAAUUUAUUCUUACAAAUGAAAUAAAUAGUCAAGACGAA